AGAGGUUAAAAAGGAAGUGGAGGGGGAAUCGAGCGAUCGAAUCAUCUAAAUUAGUCUUCGCCUGUGCUCCAUUUCAUAGCUUCCGUCCCAAGCUUCUCUGCCACUGCACUCCUCUCUUCAAUGGCUCGCAACAGGGAAAUCUUGGUGCUUGUGCUGGAUGUUGGUCCAUCAAUGCACUCUGUUCUCCCUGAGGUUGAAAAAGUGUGUUCAAUGCUGGUGGAGAAGAAGCUGAUUUACAGCAAAUAUGAUGAAGUGGGAAUUGUUCUAUUUGGAACCAAAGAAACGAAAAACGAGCUAACAGAGGAAGUUGGUGGGUAUCAACAUGUGGUGGUUCUACAGAACAUGAAAGUUGUUGAUGGAGAUCUUGUUGAUGUUUUAAAACGACUCCCUCGAGGGACCGUUUCCGGUGAUUUUCUUGAUGCCAUAAUUGUGGGAAUGGAUAUGUUGAUUAAGAAAUUUGGAGAGACAGAAAAAGGAAAGAAACGCUUAUGUCUUAUUACAGAUGCUCUAUUCCCUAUAAAAGAACCUUAUGAAGGGACUAAAGAGGACCAAGUUUCGGCCAUUGCGCAGCAGAUGACAAAACAUGGCAUGAGAAUGGAUAGUGUCGUUGUGAGAAGGAGGUUCAGUCGGGAUGCAGAUGAGAAAAUGAUGGACGAGAACGACGUUCUCUUGAACAUAUUUUCAGAGAAAACGAAUGCAAAAAUGGUGUAUGUGGAGAGCCCAACUUCGUUAUUGGGUGCAAUCCGGACUCGGAGUAUAUCGCCCGUGACAAUUUAUAGAGGCGAUCUUGAAAUAAGCUCCGUCGUCAAGAUGAAGGUAUGGGUUUAUAAGAAAACAUCAGAAGAGAAGUUUCCUACUCUGAAAAGAUAUUCUGAUAAGGCACCUUCAACUGAUAAAUUUGCCACACAUGAAGUCAAGGUAGAUUACGAGUACAAAAGCGUGGAAGACACUAGUAAGGUCGUGCCUCCAGAACAUAGGAUUAAAGGAUAUCGUUACGGACCUCAAGUGAUUCCGAUAUCGGCGGCUGAAUGGGAUGCAGUCAAGUUCAAACCAGAAAAGAGCGUGAAGCUUCUCGGAUUUACGAAUGCAUCGAAUAUAAUGCGGCACUACUACAUGAAAGACGUCAAUGUCUUUAUUGCUGAACCUGGCAAUAAAAGAGCCAUUGUUGCAGUUUCUGCACUAGCAAGAGCAAUGAAGGAAAUGGACAAAGUGGCAAUAGUGCGAUGUGUUUGGAGACAAGGACAGGGGAGCGUCGUGGUCGGUGUCUUGACACCCAACAUAUCGGAGAAGAAUGGUAUUGCCGAUUCAUUAUACUUCAAUGUACUUCCCUUUGCGGAGGAUGUUCGAGAAUUCCAGUUUCCUUCUUUCAACAAUUUUCCAGCAUUGAUGCAGCCGAGCGAAGAACAGCAAGAGGCAGUGGACGAAUUCGUUAAGAUGCUUGAUCUCGCACCAUCUGGACGAGAGGAAAUUCUGCAACCGGAUUUCACACCAAAUCCUGUUCUUGAGCGCUUUUAUCGUCAUCUCGAGUUGAAAUCGAAGGAUCCAGCUGCGGCUGUACCUCCACUCGAUACAACUCUCCAGAAGAUUACCAAGCCAGAUCCCGACUUGUUGUCUCAAAACAAAUCUGCUAUUGGCACAUUCCACAGAAGAUUCGAACUCAAGGAGAAUCCGAAGCUAAAGAAACCAAGAAGGCUAUAUUUACGCGAAAAACCAUCCGGUUCGAGCGACAAAGAGGAUAAUGAAGAGAUUUCUGCUCAAAUUGUCGUCUCUGCUGCGAAUACGUCGGUAGUUAAGGUAGAAAAAAUCGGAGAUUCAACACCUCUCCAAGAUUUUGAAGCUAUGAUGUCUAGAAGAGAUAAUCCAGAGUGGAUCAAUAAAGCAAUCAAUGGCAUGAAAAACAAAAUUUUCGACCUCGUCGAAAACUCCUGCGAUGGUGAUAACUAUCCAAAAGCUCUCGAGUAUCUGCUCGCGCUACGCAAGGGUUGCAUUAUUGAACAAGAACCGACGCAAUUCAACGAUUUCCUCCGCCAUCUCUGUAAAUUUUGCCUGGAAAAAAACCUCCAUAGCUUCUGCGAGUUACUUGCAUUCGAACGACUUAACUUGAUCUCCAAGAAAGAAGCGGCCGACAGUGAAGUAGCUGAUGAUGAAGCUAGAAGCUUUUUGGUUAAAAUGGAGCCUAAAUUUGAGCCUAAAAUGGAGCCCAAAUUAGAGCAAAUCUAGUGAUGAAGGUACUUACCGUUCAUUACAUGUAUAUAUGUAAUUUUACGUGUUCAUCCAAUGUUCAUUAACUAAUCUUCUCUGAAUUGAAUUAUACAGCUUCUUUAAUUUUACUUUU